AAGACGGUUCGAGUCCGUUCUAGAAUCUAGACACGGCAAUGAAGCCCAGGCCUCUCGGUUGCGGUUGCGGUUGCGUCCCGGCGGCGGUAGGGUGCGUCGGCUGGGCAUGGAGGCCGACUCCGAGGCCGCGCGGGGGAGGGAGGGCAGCAGGGGUGUCGCCCAAGUGCUCGCACUCGGCGGCGGCGGCGGGAGCGGUACAGUCGGAGGACCGCCGCCGCGAGGUGCUGUACCGCCCGGUGGAGCUGCCCGGGACGGGGUACGGGUCUGAGCUGGAGGCGCGGAUCGAGAAGGUCAUCUACGCCUGCCGCUUCAUGACCUUCUUCGGCAUUUGUGGCUUGCUCCUCGGCUCUGUCCCAUGCUUCCUCAAGGGAUGCGUUUUCGUGAUGGAUGCCUUCGUCGAGUACUACCGGCACGGCGCAGGGAAGGUCAUCCUCCUGCUGGUGGAAGCCAUUGAGAUGUUUCUCAUUGCAACGGUCACGUUUGUCUUGGGGACGGGCUUGUACGAGCUCUUCAUCAGUAACAUGGACUCCUUUUACGGGUCCAACCUCUUCGGCCUGUUCAGCCUUCCGGAACGGCCCAAGUGGGUUGAAAUCAAGUCGGUGAAUGAUCUCAAGACAAAGCUGGGCCAUGUCAUUGUCAUGGUUCUGCUGGUUGGCAUCUUCGAGAAGAGCAAGAGGGUGACCAUCACAUCCUGUGCUGACCUCUUGUGCUUUGCUGGAUCGAUUUUCCUGUCUUCAGUUUGCCUCUACCUGCUUUCCAAGCUCCAUACCACCAAGGGAGGCAGCCAGGCCUGAGAUGAGAGUGUUUGUAUGUAAGUGAUAUGUCUGUUCUGUUGCUGUGCAACGCCUGCCUCCGGUUCUGUUCGUGUAGUAAAUAAUUAGGCAGUGGGGAGGUACCGAUUUCCCAUGUACUCAUGUUCAUGUAUGGCUAGGGAGUUUCAGUUAGGCACAACCACACUACAUUGAGUAUCAUCCUGUAUGUGUAGCUCGAUGUAAUGCAAUCAAUAACUGAUAUUCUCUUUGAGUAAGCUUA